GUGUGUAUCCGGCAGAAGAGGCGUUCUGCACGGAUCGUGUCCGUCCCUCUCCCCGCCUCUGAUUGGCUGCAGCGCCAAGCUGGCCGCCUCUCGGCUCCUUUCUCUCCCUCUUCAUGAAAUGUUCCUGGAUCUGGCGGAGCUUUGCGAUGGGUCAAGAGAGAAAGGAUUCUGCAACCUGCAUGGAGGGAUGUGGGCAUGGCUUGCAGCAGGAGAACCAAAACUUUGGUGUCCACAUGCGUGAUUCUGAGCGGCAUGACCAACAUUGUGUGUCUGCUCUAUGUCGGCUGGGUCACUAAUUACAUCGCUAAUAUUUACAUUAAAGUCCCCAUGCCUUUUCCGGAGAGAAAGUUAGAGGAGGGGGACAAAAGAGAAGACACUCUCCGGAUCAUAGAGAGACUUGAUCGCCUGGAGAAUGUGGUCAAUCAACAUAUACAAGAGGCUCCAGGCCGGGGGGAAGAUGAGCAGGCGGACACGUCCUUCUCUGACUCCUCUAUUUUUGCUCACUGGGGUCAGGAGCUCAGCGCUGACAAUCGACGGGUGGCGCUCAAGAUGUUCCAGUACUACGGCUACAACAGCUACCUCAGUGACCGUCUCCCUUUAGACCGACCAAUACCAGAUCUCAGGCCUUCUGGGUGCAGUAACCUCACUUAUCCAUUAAAUCUCCCACAAGUGAGCAUCGUGUUCAUUUUUGUGAACGAAGCCUUGUCUGUUAUUCUGAGGUCCAUUCACUCUGCCAUUAGCAAGACGCCCUCCCAGCUUCUCAAAGAGAUCAUUCUGGUGGACGACAACAGCAAUAAUGAAGAGCUAAAGGACAAGCUGCAGGAUUUUGUGUCAGAGACGAACAGUCGACGGCCGGGAUUCAUCAAGAUGGUACGGCAUUCCAAGCAGGAGGGCUUGAUCCGGUCCAGAGUGAGCGGGUGGCGGGUGGCCACUGCACCAGUUGUUGCUCUCUUCGAUGCCCACGUGGAGUUUAAUGUUGACUGGGCUGAACCCAUUCUUCAGAGGAUUCAGGAGGACAGAACUCGCAUAAUCUCUCCGUCAUUUGAUAACAUCAAGUAUGACACAUUUGAGAUUGAAGAGUAUGCGUUGUCUGCUCAAGGAUUUGACUGGGAGUUGUGGUGUCGCUACCUCAACCCCCCCAAGUCCUGGUGGCACAAGGGCAGCAAAAGUGCUCCCAUCCAAAGCCCCGCCCUGAUUGGCUGCUUCGUUGUGGACAGGCUAUACUUUGAAGAGAUAGGUCUCCUGGAUGAGGGGAUGGAAGUGUAUGGUGGAGAAAAUGUGGAGCUGGGCAUCAGGGUGUGGCAGUGUGGCGGCAGCGUGGAGGUCCUGCCUUGUGCCCGCAUUGCCCACAUCGAGCGUGCUCACAAACCCUACACAGAGGACUUGACGUCACAUGUACGACGCAACGCUCUCAGAGUGGCAGAGGUCUGGAUGGAUGAGUUUAAGAGCCACGUCUACAUGGUGAAUGUUCCUCAGGAGGACUCUGGGAUUGAUAUUGGUGACAUCUCAGAAAGAAAGGCUCUGAGGAAGAGGCUGCAGUGUAAAACCUUCAGAUGGUACCUGGUCAACAUUUACCCUGAGAUGAGGAUGUACACUGAAACGGUCGCAUACGGCGUAAUGAAAAACUCCCUGAAGAAAGAUCUGUGUCUGGAUCAGGGGCCCGACAAUGACAAUGUUCCGAUCUUGUACCUUUGUCACGGAAUGACACCGCAGAAUGUGUACUACACCAGUACUCAGCAGCUCCUGGUGGGCCUCCUCAGUCCCACCAUCGAUGACGACGACAACAAGUGCCUGGUGGACGUGAACAGCAGACCACGCCUCAUCGAGUGUGGCUACGCCACAGCAAAACGCAUGAAACUAAAUUGGCUCUUCACUCAGGGAGGAUCCAUCCAGAACAAGAAAUCAAAGAGGUGCCUGGAGCUGGUAGUGAACACUGACAAUGAGUUUGGCUACAAACUGGCUCUGCAGAAGUGCACUGAACAGAAAUGGUUCAUCACAAACGUGUUGUACAGCAGUUCACUAUAAAGACACACGACUUACUUUGUGUGUGUGUGUGUGUGUGAGUGUCUGCAAGUGUAAUGCUGCAUUCCAGACAGCUUGGAAGUAGGAAAUAACCUUCUUGGAAACCUUCCAGUCAAAAAAAAAAAACAAAGAACCUGUCUGACGAAGGUACAUCUUCCAAUGUUUACAUUUUCCUGGAGGAAAUAGAAUUACUCUUUCAAUCAACAUCAAACAAACAUUUUAACAUUCUACAUUAUUUUAGGGGUUUUAGGUCACUAGCAGUGUUUGCAAAAGUCCAUUAUUUGCCUCGCUGGUUUCUUAGCAAAAAAAAAACAACCACCGUAGCAGCUUUUUGUCAUAAUUUCUUUCUCAAAGAUCCCUUUUGUGCAUGUACAUGCGCAACGGGUAUGUUCAUAUUGUAUGUAUGCCUCAAUGCCAGUCAUCUUAUUUGGCCCCGACAGCAAUUUUUGAAAGUUAAACUUCUAAUUGUGACAAAUGUGCACAUGUAUUUGUUAAAUGUGUUCUUUUAAAGGGGAACUAAACGUUUUGGGGGAAUUUUGCCUAUCGUUCACAAUCAUUAUGAAAGACAUGACGAUGGAUGUAUUUUUUUAAUGCUAUCUAAAUAUUAAAAAAAUGCGUUUAAAAGUCAGCUUACAAUGAAGCCUAUGGGAGUCGCUCGAUUUUGCCUAUAAAACCAUUAAAAAAACAUCCAAACACCUCCAUUAAGGUUUUAUAUACAUGAAGUAUAUAUGUAAACGGGCACAUUUAUAAUAACAUUUAAUAUUUAUAUAUUUUGAUCAUUUUAAGCAUACGCGGCGCAUUAAAUUCAAAAACGCAUCACAACGUUUGUUUGUUUUUUUCUUCACUGAUUAUUACUCACUGCAGACUUCAUGAGAGCCAACAAACAUAAUAAAAUAUUACUUACUGUACAAUGUCUGCUGUCAUUAGGAUGCCGACUGCUAGGAUGUUCAUAUAUUCCCAUUUAGGUGAAGAAUGACUCAUAAUCCUCGCGAAGAAAAUGGUGGUGGAACCAAGCGUCUUUUUGUAUCGUUCUCGCCAUUUCCGUUUCUAAAUUGGCUGUCAAAGUGUACCAACUUGGGGGAAUAUGUCCUUCUUCUUCUACUAUGCAAGGGAGAGGCAUGAUUUAUGAUCUACAAUAAACUCCCACGAGCAAGAAAACGCGGAAGCAGUUUAUCAGUCGAUUAUAUCAACAUUAGCACUCAAGCUUGUGAUCACGAUGCCGCUAUAAAUAGUUUGUCUGCGUUAGUGCUUAUUAUAACAAAAUCAGUAAUACUUGGUUAAUAUUCAAGUCACAAAAUCUAAAUGGAUGAUUUUUGGCGGGGUUUUUUAAUGUUUUUUUUGUUGGGUUUUAUGGGCAGAGUAGAGGACCUCACAUUGGCUCUGCUGUACGUUUAUAUACGAGUUAAAAUGCAUUUAAAAAAUAAUUCUGUUGUCUUUCAUAAUGAUUGUGAACGAUUGGCAAAAUUCAAAAUAAAGUGCAGUUCCUCUUUAAACUAUUAUUGGCAACAUAUGCUAGCUGUUGGUGGAGUUCUUCUAUAUAUUUUAGUUUUUUCUUUAGCCGGUGACAUACAGCAACUUUAGCUACUAUCGUGUAAGUACAACUAAAAUAAAGUACAACUACUCACCUAUUAAGGAUUACUUGAAGCAGGGAAGUAUUUGUACUGUCUCUUAUGUCUUAUGUUGUCAUCAUAAGUACAUGUAUUUUGUGUACUGUUGAAGUCAUUGCGUACUAAAAAAAAGUUGCUCUCCUCAUUUUCACGCCAGUUAUAAGCCACUUUAGGGAUGGAUGAUAUGGCCUACAAACUAUUUUUAGAAAUACAGCAUGAUGCAGCCUCCUGCGAUAGUGAUAUAUACUGUAUCAUGAUAUAUUAUUUGGUAUGUAAAUGAUAAUAGAACUAUUUCAAAACGGGUUACAAAGGCUCAUAAUUUGGCUGCUGACGUAUAUGUUAACAUAUUCCAUCAUUACAGUUUUCAUUAUUUCCUCAAAACAAAUAAUAAUCUACUUGUUAAUUUACUGUUAUUAUCUGGUUAUAUGGUUAUAUCUUCACUUCUGUAAUAAGCACUUAUUAUUUUGCUAUUUGGAUACUUCUCAUUAGUUUUGUGUGAUACCACAGAUUUUUUUUUUAUUUGGGUAUCGGUCCAGUACCAAGCAGUUUAUCAAUGCUGAUAUUUAAAAUGAUCAAGAUUUUUGAAGAUUUAAAUUUUGAUUGCUAUUAUAAUCAGACAAAAACACAAGAUGGCAAUUUAACAAUAGCAAAUAAAUAUUUAAAUUAUGUCCUACUGUUGGCUCUGUUUUUAAAUUAUUUGAGUUUGCCCCUGAGAGCUCGCAUGUUUCCAGUGACUUAUUUCCGGAGUUUGUACACAAUAAAAAGGACGACAAAAUAUAUAUAUUUUUGAUAUUAAAAAAUAUCAAUCUAAUCACUGUAGUAUCGCAUCAUUAUGAAUCCACCCACUUCUGUGUCCAUUCAAAAGCUCUAGCUUGCGGUUAGCGGUUAGCAUAUCCUCCUAAAGUGUAUAGUGUAGCAUGUUUAGCUAUUUGUCGUACUUGUAAGAGACAUGGUUUAUUUGCCGCUAUGGCGGUGAGGACUGCUGACGUAGAAGUGGUUUUGCACUGUGGAGGGACAUUAGCCGCAUGCUACAUUGCUUUGAGGACGUGUUUGCUCGCUUGUCGCUGUCACAUUUGCAGGACCUGGCGAGAAUGUGUCAUCAGCAUGCAUUAUCACGAUAUAACGAUAGUAUUACCAGCUCUAUCGUCGGCCAGAUUGAUAUCAUUUAUAUUGUAACUAUCGCGCAACCCUAAAGUAGAUGCCAUCCUACAUCCUAAUAAGUAUGCGUUCUGGUUCUAUGGUUACCGUUACACGCUUUCUCUUCGCUGUAACUGGUACCUUUCUAUGAUGGCCAAAAAAAAGCCAAAGAAAAAGCGAAACACAGUAUUGGAGUCGAUGCUUUUUGUUUGACCUUUGAUGCAUAUUUGUUUAGAAAUUGUGGGUCAUCUCUCAAAAGUAAGGGAUUAUGCUUGAACCUACUCGAUAUAAAUAUUAUUUCCUCUGUAUGCUCAUUCUGCUUCUAUUUGAGCAAACUACACAAUGUAGUGGCUGUGGAUGUACAGUAGUGUCAUAUUUUCACACAUGUAAAACAACUUAUAAAAACACUGAUAUCUGUUCUCUUCAUUUAUUUAUUUUCUACCAAUUACUUAGUGGGAGCCUAGUCCUGAUGACUUUGGGCAAAAAGCAGACUACACUUUGUACUUGUUGAAUACAAAUAUAUCAUCUUACAAUUGACAUUUAGAAUUUACAAUAGUUGACAUCUGAUCUACUCAUUUCAUUGAAGUCAAAGUGUGCCCUCAUCUUCUGACUCUGCACUUUUUUUUUUUUGACCAAGUUAAAAAAAUGUCUGUCUUCCCUGUUUUCUGGAACGCAGCAUAAAAACACCAAACAGAAGUGGAUGAACUUUUAAAUGUGCAUUUUGAGCACAUGAUGAUAAAUUCAAAUCAUAUUGUGAAUGAAAAAACUUGUAAGGAAUCAUCCACUGUAUUUGAUGACAAACUGGUACACGGGGUUUAUUUUUUAGUAAAAACAUUACAGUCUGUGCAAUGACAUCAAAGUUGUACGAGGUUAAAGAUGUUUUCUUCAUAACUGCUACUGUGUAGCAAAUCUGUUUAUGUUGUAAUGGUUUUAUUUUACCGUCUCAGGUUUAUUACGUGAUUUAGCUGUACAGUCGGGGUAGAAAUGUGAGACAAAUGUUUCGAUUAUUUUCUGAUUCUGAAUAACCUGAAUAUUUGUAAUAAUAUACAACAGUAAAGUAAAGGCUUUA